AUGGUGGGACUAGCUCAACCAAUGCCUAAGAAGUUAAGUUUAGGUGACAAAGGAGCCAGCUCGACCGACAGCUCGAUCGAGCUAGAAACCAGGGCAACUCGAUCGAGUUCCACAACUCGACCGAGAGGGUAUGUGUACUCUGAGGAAGAAUCUGAGAGUGAGAGAUUGAGGGAGGAGAGGAGGACCAAGAAGAGGAAUGACCCCAUUAGUAGUGAGAGUGAGCAAGGGGAGUUUGAGAUUGGAGUGAACCUUGUUCAAGAGGAGGGAAAUGGCUCUCCAAGUGAAGAAGGAAGUGAUGAGACUGAGAGUGAAGAGGAAGGAGAAGAGGUGAAUCAGUUGGUUGAGAGAGUGAGCAAGAGAGUAACCAAGAUGAACCUAUGGAGGAGGUUGAGCCACAAGAGAGCCACAAGAGGAGGAGAAGAACUCCCUAUGUACCAAGAGCACUACAAUGCUCUCUUCUCCAUGGACUUCAUGGAUACCAAGUACCCACAUGUUGACACAAUGAAGGCCCUUGGAAUCUUUGAAGAUGUGGAGCUAGGUUCUCAAGAACAUGCACUUGGCCAAGCUCUUCUCUUAUCACAUGGAAUCCUACAAGGAGCUCACUUGCGAGUUCUUAGCUUCAAUGAGGCAGUUGGAAUCUUGUUUGGGUUCAACUAUGGAGAAGGUACCAAGUGGAACUUCAAGGAAAAGGAACUCCAAAGGGUUUGGGCUACAAUCGCUGAUGGAGUGUACUCUUCCUCAAGGUCCAAGGCAGCUCAGAUCAGGAGCCCAGUGUUGAGGUAUGUGCACAAGGCACUUGCCAACACCUUCUUUGCAAGGAAGGCGACCGGGACCAUCAACGAGGGGGAACUCAAGUUUCUUGACAUGGGAAUCAAGCCCAUUCUCUCACGCACAAGCGAUGGCAAGAGGAUAAGGGGAGAUAGAUCUGACACAGGAAACUUGAUGCCUUUCCUUGACCAUCUCCUCACCUACAAGAUCACAGCCUACAACACUAGACAUCAACGAGGGAGGCGCCUAAGUGUUGGAGGGCUCAUCACUCCUAUCUUGUGUGCUGCUGGAGUGAACCCAACUGAUAGGAAGCCACUGAACCAGUUCACACAUCCAUUGGUUGGACCCUCCAAGUUUCUCCUGCCCAACCCAGAGCUCACCACAGUAGUAAGGGGUGAGAACAUUGACUUCAGACCCCCUGUGUACACAUUAGUUGGGCAUGAGGAUGAUUUGCGAGAAGAGGAGCCUGAGCUCGAUCGAGCUGAGGAUCGAGCUGAGGAUCAGGUCCAGGAAGUGCGGAUUUGGGUGAGCCUGAGUGCUAUUACUUUGAGGAGUAUGAGGCUCCAAGGAUGA